CCAAACCUGGUCAUUCAGCUCACUCAGCUGGAGCCGCGCCGCCAGACAUAAUAAGAAGAAGAGCGUCAUCACGCGUUUUUCUCUCUAUCGCUUAAAACUGCUGUGUCUGCGAAAUUCGUGUCGUUGACGAGGGACUAUGAGCAGCGACUUCGAUCUCCGGCAAUCGGCGAGGGUUUUCAACUAAACGGCGCCGUAGAGCGGGAUCUGCGAUUACAGGCCAUGGAGGGGGAAAACGCGAGCAAGGUGAUUGAGUUGGUGAACGAGAUAGCGAGUAUCUCCGAUUACAGGCCUCCGGUGAAGAAGCAGUACUGCAACUUGGCGAGGAGGUUGAAGCUGUUGAUCCCGAUGUUCGAGGAGAUUAGGGACAUGAAAGACCAGAUCCCCGAGGACACUUCCAAAGCCGUCCUCGCCUUCAAGGAAGCUCUCGAAUCCGCCAGGGAACUUCUCAGAUUUGGAAGCGAAGGCAGCAAGCUUUUCUUGGUCCUUGAGCGGGAUGGCAUUAUGAAUAAAUUCAACGACGUGACAGCUCGGCUGGAACAAUCGUUGGGUGGUAUUUCGUAUGAUAAACUUGAUAUCUCAGAUGAAGUUAAAGAGCAGGUUGAGCUGGUUCUUGCCCAGUUCAGAAGAGCUAAAGGGAGGGUUGACGAACCAGAUGUUAGGUUGUAUGAGGAUAUGUUGUUCCUCUACGACAACAGCAGUGAUGCAGCUACAGAUCCAUCUGUUCUAAGUCGACUGGCUGAAAAAUUGCAACUGAUGGGAAUAGCUGAUCUUACGCAAGAAUCGCUAGCUUUGCAUGAGAUGGUGAUAUCAAGUGGUGGGGAUCCUGGGGCACGCAUCGAGAAAAUAGCAAUGUUACUGAAGAAGAUAAAGGAUUACGUGCAAACAGAAAAUCUAGUUAAGGAUGAUAAUUUAGGAGGAAAAGGCAUUUUUGCAAAAGUCUAUGGAGUCAGUACAAAUGAAAAGAGUCAUCAGGCCCCUGUUAUUCCUGAUGAUUUUCGAUGUCCCAUUUCCCUGGAAUUAAUGAAGGAUCCUGUGAUUGUUUCAACCGGACAGACUUACGAGCGUUCUUGUAUUGAGAAAUGGUUGCAAGCAGGGCAUGGGACAUGCCCCAAGACACAGCAGACUCUCACUAGCACCGUUCUCACACCCAACUAUGUCCUACGAAGUCUCAUAGCACAGUGGUGUGAAGCCAAUGGCAUAGAGCCACCAAAACGACCCAGCAGCAGUUCACAACCUAGUAAAUCAGCAUCAGCCUACUCACCAGCUGAGCGAAGUAAGAUCGACGGUCUUCUCCAAAAGCUCACAUCUGGCAGUCCUGAAGACCAGAGAUCAGCUGCUGGUGAGAUCCGCCUUCUUGCAAAGCGUAAUGCAGAUAACCGUGUUGCCAUUGCUGAAGCUGGUGCAAUACCUCUCCUCGUUGGUCUUUUGUCUGUGCCUGACUCCCGCACUCAAGAACAUGCUGUGACAGCGCUUCUGAAUCUUUCCAUAUAUGAAAAUAACAAAGGAAGCAUUGUCUCUUCAGGGGCAGUUCCAGGUAUAGUUCACGUGCUGAAGAAGGGAAGCAUGGAAGCGCGGGAAAAUGCUGCAGCAACACUUUUCAGCCUUUCAGUUAUAGAUGAAAACAAGGUUACAAUUGGAUCUUCAGGAGCCAUACCUCCACUAGUGACACUGCUGAGUGAGGGUACCCAGAGGGGUAAGAAAGAUGCUGCGACAGCACUCUUCAAUUUGUGCAUUUACCAGGGCAACAAGGGGAAGGCAGUGCGGGCUGGCGUUAUUCCCACACUGAUGCGACUGCUGACUGAACCUAGUGGGGGAAUGGUAGAUGAAGCAUUAGCUAUUUUGGCGAUACUGGCUAGCCAUCCUGAUGGGAAGGCUACGAUUAGAGCUUCAGAGGCAGUGCCAGUUUUAGUAGAGUUCAUUGGGAAUGGUUCCCCAAGGAACAAAGAGAAUGCAGCUGCUGUUUUAGUUCAUCUCUGUUCUGGAGAUCAACAAUAUCUGGUACAGGCCCAAGAGCUGGGGGUGAUGGGUCCACUGUUGGAGUUGGCUCAAAAUGGUACAGACAGAGGCAAAAGAAAGGCUUUACAGUUACUAGAGCGUAUGGGAAGGUUGCUGGAGCAACAGCAGGAAGUUCCAACACAAACUGAAACUCAAGCCCAGAACGAGGAAACUCAACCUCCUUUGAUUACUAACCCCGAUGAUUCCUAAGAUACCUUGUUAUACUCCGUUCAUUUUGUCUCUUUGUUCUUUUUAAAGUAUUGAAAGAAGCGUCUGCUUGGAGGAAAGGGUGGAAGAUCACUUCCUAACUCCAUUAAGUUAUUUGUUUGUUUGUGUGAUAUUCAGAGAUGUGAUGCAAAAAGAUUAUAAAAGCGGCCUAAGAAGAAAUUGAAGCAAAUCGGCAAUGUGCGCCUGCGUGGAAAGUGUAUAAUUGUAACAUGUACUAUAUUCUAAUCAUCCUCAGAUUUUAAUGAAGAGAUGUUUUGUUUA